AUGUCCGACAGCCCUCACCUCCAGCAGUCGCCCGCCGAGUUUUCUGGCCGAUCAGCCGCGGCUACGUUCACGUCCUGUCUCGACAUUGCCGUCGAGGGCGCGAUCCCCCUCGAGCAGCUCGAGCCUUCCGCCAACGCAGCCAAAAAAGACAGCACGAAGCCCGUCGGCACCGAGUCAAAGCGUGCUCCCCGCAAGUCCAAGACCGACGCCAUUGCGGCCCUCUCGGCCGUCGCGUCCCAGGAGGAAUCCAAUGAACGCGUAUUGAGUGACGAGGCGGGGGUCAGGGUCAUACUCAGAGACGGCCCUCCGAUUGCAGUUUCACCUUCCCUCGAACUGCCCACCGUCAAGAUGCCCAACCCUCGCAAUGCACCAUCCAAGCCCAAGGAGCGCCCUUUUGGCCUCACCGAUUGCCCUACAUUUAGGCCAACUCCAGAACAGUUCAAGGACCCCAUGGCAUAUGUCAAGUCCAUCGCUGAGAAUGCAAAGAGCUACGGUAUGUGCAAGAUCAUCCCGCCUCUGGGAUGGUCCAUGCCAUUUGUGACUGAUACAGAGAACUUUCGCUUCAAGACACGCCUUCAACGUUUAAACUCCAUCGAAGCCUCAUCCCGCGCCAAAGUCAAUUUUUUGGAGCAGCUCUACCGUUUCCAUAAGCAACAGGGUAACCCGCGGGUGUCGGUGCCUACGAUCAACCACAAGCCGCUGGAUCUCUGGUUGCUGCGCAAGGAGGUUCACAGACUGGGGGGGUACGAGCAGGUGACAAAGAAUAGGAAGUGGACAGAUCUCGGUCGGCUAUUAGGAUAUGGCGGCGUGCCCGGACUAGCGACUCAAUUGAAGAACUCGUACGCCCGCGUCAUCCUGCCCUACGAGCACUUCUGCGACCAUGUGCGCAACUCGCCGAAUCUGUCUCCCACCAAACAGCACGAUCCGAAUCUGAAGACGCACAUGAACAUUCAGACCGCGGGGAAGACCGCUCGUUCGAGCGUCGAGCGCGACAACGACAGCCCACCGCCGAGCCCCCUCUCCACCUCGUCCAGUGACUUGUCCGACUUGCCUGAUGAGUCCGAUACUCGUCUGCGGCGCAGCGCACGUCAGACACAGGACCAGCCGACACCACUUCGUCAGCGGGCGCCGGCCACAAACGGUGACGGCGACCGCCAAACCCCCACUGAGGUGCGCUACUCCGAUUCUCCUAUCGUGAGGUGGGCACUAAGUACCUCGAAGCCUCACUGCGAGGUGUGCCAGAAGAAGGACCGAGGCGAGGAGAUGCUCUUGUGCGAUGGCUGCGAUUGUGGCUUCCACACAUUCUGUCUCGAUCCCCCGCUCCAGACUAUUCCGAGGGGCCAGUGGUUCUGCCACACUUGUCUGUUCGGUACUGGUGGCGACUUCGGGUUCGAUGAAGGCGAGGAACACAGUUUGUCGAGCUUCCAGGCGCGCGACCUCGAGUUCCGCAAGCUCUGGUUCACGUCCCACCCGCCAUCUGACUCUGAUGGCGAUCGCGAGCGUAUCUACGACAACGAUUCCAACUACCGCUCGAAUGCGCCAGACCCUGCGGUCAACCGCUUUGGAGACGUCGUUGUCUCGGAGACGGACGUCGAACGCGAGUUCUGGAGACUUGUUCAGUCGCCCAACGAGACUGUCGAAGUGGAAUAUGGUGCUGAUGUCCACUCGACCACGCAUGGCAGCGCAAUGCCGACUUCAGAGACCUAUCCGCUGAAUACUUACUCCAAAGACCCGUGGAAUCUGAACAAUAUCCCCAUUCUUCCUGAGUCCCUACUCCGCUAUAUCAAAUCAGAUAUUUCUGGCAUGACUGUGCCUUGGACAUACGUCGGCAUGGUCUUCUCAACCUUCUGUUGGCACAAUGAGGCGGGUAAUCGAUUGAUCACUACACGUAUAGCAUCAACUAUAGUGAGCUCUUUUGCCUUUGCUCCGGGAGCUGACAGCUUAUUGUUCGCAGUGCACUGGGGCGAGACAAAGACGUGGUAUAGUAUCCCAGGAGAUGACGCGGAGAAAUUCGAAGCAGCCAUCCGGAAGGAAGCCCCUGAUCUCUUCGAAGCACAGCCCGACCUGCUCUUCCAGCUCGUCACUCUCAUGAACCCGGAGCGGCUCAGGGAAGCCGGGGUAGAGGUGUAUGCCUGCAAUCAGCGCGCGGGCGAGUUCGUGGUCACCUUCCCCAAGGCGUACCAUGCGGGAUUCAAUCACGGAUUCAACUUCAACGAAGCUGUCAAUUUCGCGCUUCCGGAUUGGCUCUCGCUCGGCCUGGGUUGCGUGAAGCGCUACCAAGAACACCGGAAGCAUCCCGUAUUCUCUCAUGACGAGCUGAUCAUCUCCAUCACGCAACAGUCUCAGGCUAUCAAAACCGCCAUUUGGCUCAAUGACAGUUUGCAGGAGAUGGUUGAGCGCGAGCUGAGCGCCCGCCAGCGCGCACGCGCUAUGGACAUAGGCGAGAUACUCGAGGAGUUUGACCGCCCAGAAGAACAGUACCAGUGCAAGAUUUGCAAAUGCUUCUGUUACCUCUCGCAGAUUGCCUGCAGCUGCACAGCCAAGGUUGUUUGCAUCGACCACGCAGACAAGCUAUGCAAGUGCCCAAAGACGAGCCAGGUGCUCCGCAAGCGCUUCAGCGACUCUUAUCUCCAGGACACCCAGUACGCUGUCGCUGAGCGCGCGGGCAUCCCUGGGGGUUGGGAGGCCAAGUUCGAGACGCUCCUCAAUGAGAGCGCACGUCCAUCUCUACGCACGAUGCGGGCAUUGCUAGCUGAAGGCGAUCGUAUCAGCUACCCACUUAAGCAGCUUCACCAUCUUCGCAAGUGUGUGACUCGGGCCAAUGAGUGGGUCGACGCAGCGAACUCGUUCCUCGUGCGCAAGCCCAAUCGCAAGCACCUUUCUCGCAAGGUCCGCGGCAAGCGCGACGGCUCGUCGAGUCUCGAUGACGUACUGGACAAGCCUGACCGCUCGCUUGCCGAUCUCUACGCCCUCCUGCGCGAGGUCCGGGACCUCGGCUUCGACUCACCCGAGAUCGCACAGCUCCAGCAGUUGGCCAAGGACGCCGAAGACACUAAGUUGAAGGCGCGGCAGCUCCUCGAGACGGUCUCGCACACGCGCGACCGCGACGCAUUUAUCCGCGACUGCGAGGAACUCAUGACCAAGGGCAACACGUUGAACGUGCAGGUCGACGAACUGACUGAAAUAGAGAAGAUCGUGUUCCGCGAGCAGCUGCUCAAGGAGCUCGACCAGGAGAACCACGAGCAGUUCACACUCGAGGACGUUCGCCGGUACAUCAACCGUGCGCGUGCGUGCGCACUGCCUGCAGAUAAUCGACACAUGAAGAGCCUUGAGAACAAGCUGCGCUUGGGUACUGCCUGGGAAGAUCGCGUCAAGGCGGUCCUGGACAAGCCGCAUCGUGCGCUCCAGGAGCUCGAGGAGGCGGCCAAGAUCCCGGUCGGUGUGCCCAUCGACCCCAAUCUACUCGAGAUGCUCAAGCAGACGAGCAUGCGUGGUCGCGACAUCGAGCGACAGAUCACAACGUGGCUGUCGGGCGAGCCGGCGAUGCAGAAGCCGCGCGUGCAGGAGGUCGUCAAGAUGGUGGCCCGUGCCGAGAAGGAGUUCGAUAUUCCCGUCGUGCGCGACAUGCGGCGUACGGUCGAUUUUGCGGUCGAUUUGGAGACGCGAUGCGACGCGGUGCUCAAGAACCGCUAUCAGCACACGGAAGAAAACGACCUCUUCCAGACGAUGCGUCGGUGGAAGAAUUACGCAAAGGAGCAUCUCAGUAUCUUUACGCUGCCGAACUUCGAGCGCCUCGACAAGCAGCUGACACUUCAUUUCCGCUGGCUCGAGGGUCUUCCUUGGUUCUGCCGCUCGCAUAUGGCGCCGCAUGGCAAGGCUAUUCUCGAUGACGUUGUCGAGUCGACACGUCCAGAGGACGACCAACCGCCGCAGGACGAGUAUUUCACUUGUAUCUGCACCAACCCCGUUCGCCCGCCGGCACCUGGCCAGACAUCUGACGCAGUGCAAUGUGACCACUGCUUCGCGCGUUUCCACGGUGUCUGCGCCGCGAACGGCGGCUCGUGUCCCUUCUGCGACCACCAACACUGGAACGGCACUAUCCGCAAGGAGCGUAGCUGGCACUUCUGUUAUCUGCCAACGAUGAUGAUGCACGCGCCCGAGAUAACUAAGAACUACUCUGAGGACUGGAAGCAGCUCGAGAUCAUCGUCCACCGCGUCGAGCGGCUCGUCGGCGUCAUCGGUCAGUUCCUCGCGUACGUCGGCCAGCCGGGCAAUCAGCGCGCCGACUACAUCCCCCAGGUACGCCACUUCAUGCGCAAACUGUACAAGAUACAGUUCGCUGUCAGCCCGAAUCCGGAGACGUCUUAUGGGCUCGACCUCGCGGGCCUCCAUCGUGUGCUCGCUGGUCAGCCCGCGCCUGUGCGCAUGAAGAAGCGUAGGCGGCCGAAGUUUACGUUCGGACAGGACAUCGACAAGGAUUGGGUCGACGGCACGCGAUGCAUCUGCAGAGGCAGGACGGCGUAUCUGCUUAACUAUCCGACAGUCGAAUGCGAGGUCUGCAACAAGACAUACCAUGGUGGCUGUGUCUUCUUCCCAGUUGAUCCCACGCCAGGAGGCAACAACAGGUUCAUGUGCCCGCUCUGCUGCCUGCGCAAGAACCGAACAUAUCCAUAUUCAGAAGUUCGCGUCAAGCAUCACGAGAACCAAGAUCCGGACGCAUACGUCGACACCAAGGAGAUGCUCGACACGUUCAGCAAGGAGAUCAUCUACAUGAAGCUUCCCCCUCCAUACACGCAGACCUUGUUCGUCGAACUCAUACGGUUCACACCCGGACAGCCGGACAGCAUUGCAGGACCGCCGACGAAUGGUAUUACCGUGCCUGGACGAAAUGCUGGAACACCAGUCUCGUCACAUCCACCCUACCAGAAUGGUAGCUCUCCACACCAUCGAGCUCCCUCACGUGGCGGCGCGUCGAGUUCUACGGUAUCACAGCGCCCGCCGUCGCCACCGGUCCCGUACGAGCGCACUGCGAGUGGAGGUCCUCACAGUGUUCCGCCCCCACCUCCUUGGUCUGCCGGUGGCAGAGGUGGUGGCUCAAGUCGAUGGAGCAAUGCUGCGGCGACUGCGCCUCCUCCAACAGCCCGUAGCCACCCACCGGAGGCGGGCUCGCCGUUGAACUCCCCGCCGCUGGCGUCGAGGAAGCGCAAACAUCCUGACGAAAGCCCGGGAGGCAAUUUGUCGGUCUCCAUACCAUCUCCAACUAUGCAACAGCCCUCUCCUAAGCGACGUCCGACCAUGCAAUCCCCUAUGACCAGUAUGCAAGCCCCAGUGAGCCAUGGGACAACUCAGUCCCCUGUGACGCACACCCCCACGCACCCACCUCAGCCCAUACAUCCUCCCCUUAUGCACUCAAGCGGCUCAUCACAUAUACCCCCAUCUAUGCCUAGCGUCCGUGCUCCGCCACCGCAAGCAGCGCCGCAGGUACACCAGCCCGUCCAUGCGGCCCCCAUGCAAUCGAUGCAUGUGUCGCCACCGAUACCAGCCCCUCUGCACCAGGCAAUUCACAACGGCGCCAUGCAUUCGCCAGUCCAGCCGAUGCAGACCCCGCCGAUGCAGUCCAGCCGCCCGAGCCAGGGUUUGUCUCCGUCGCUCGCGAUGAUGCUCUCCCCGACGCCGAACGACGUCGUGCUGUCUCCGCCACGGCAGCAACAACAGCCGCCUGCGCCUCCACCUCAACAGGUCCGGCAGGCGAUACCCUCGCAUGUCUCGCCGCACGGUAUGCCUCAGAUCCAGUCGCUCCCGCAGAUGUUCCCACAGAUAGAUCAGAUGCAGAUUCCGAGACAUUCGAUGGGUCGUAGUGCGUUUGACCGAUAUGUCGUUGGUCCUCCACCGCGGUCACCGACGGACAGGCGUGGCCCAUAAAGAUACGAAUAGUGGUCUGUUGCUCAACACUUCUUAUUCUGCUCCUCUGUUUCCAUUUUAUAUUCCGCAAUAUUCGUGUAUGGUUUUCCUCGUCCUUCGUGUAUCGAUUCCGCUUUUCUUGUCGCUCAUUGCUCUCUUCGGUGUUAUUGUGUAUCGUAUAAUAUUCGUGCGAAAUAUCGUUUCAAUGCAGGCAGCCCCGGGGAGACAAAAAAACUGCGAUGGAUAUAAAUUAUGAACUAGAUGGAUUAGAUGCUCUGCGUGUUUGUCCAAGGUAUUGAGUUGGUGUCUACCGAAUGUAACCGUCCUAUAAGAUGCGAGAAAACCAGAUAUGCGAUUGACAAGGACUACCGUCCGAUCAUGAGCUUGUAUGUACCCCAUCCCGCAAUUACUGCAAAUGCGGCGAGGACGCCGACAAUAGAACCGAACCAUAUAUAUGACUACCGAAACCAUG